AUGCCGAACGUGCUCAUCGUAGGUUCUACUAGAGGUCUUGGGCAAGGCCUUCUCAAGGCUUACCUUUCUCGCCCAUCGACGCACAUUUUUGGCACAACCCGUAGUGCUAGCUCUUCUGAGGCUGCCGAUAAUGUUACCUACGUCACCGGUGUUGACGUAGCAAAAGAAAAUGCUGGCGAUGAGAUCGUCUCCAAGAUCAAGUCUCGUGGUGAGACAUUGGAUAUUGUGAUCGUUUCCGCCGGCUAUUUUGGCUUGGAAUCAUUCGACAGUCCAGAUUGGGCGAAACAGGUGCAGAUGUAUACGACUUCAUCAAUCGGCCCAGUAUUCAUCGUGCAGAAACUGGUGAAAGCGGACUUGCUCAAACCAGGGAGCAAGAUCAUUUUAGUCAGUAGUGAAAGCGGAAGUAUUACCUUAAGACAUGAGAGUGAGGGAGGAGGGAAUUACGGUCAUCAUGCCAGCAAGGCCGCUUUGAACAUGGUAGGGAAGUUGCUCAGUCUUGAUGUGAAGGACAAGAACAUCGCAGUGGGGAUCGUGCAUCCAAGUUUCAUGAGAACCGAGAUGACAAAGGGGGUGGGUUUUGAUAAGUACUGGGACGCUGGGGGUGACAUAGCUGUAACGCCAGAUGAGGCGGCAGAUUCUCUUGUAAAGUUCAUCGACACCUUUGACAUGUCUAAGACUGGUCAGUAUUGGGCUCCACGGGGGCCAAGUGACAUCGGGACAGCAGAGCCAGUACUAGGGAAGGAUCUACCGACUCCGCUCCAGCUGCCUUGGUGA